UAGGAGCACUUAGGUCAUAUCUCCAUAUAAAUUUCCGGACGAAGCGUUUUUGGUGAAAGGAGAGCGAUGGAAGGGUGUUUGUUCUGUAAAAUUGCCCGAUCUUCCACUUCUACCCCUCUCCUCUACUCUGAUGAUAGGGUCGUUGCUUUUCAUGAUAACAACCCCUCGGCAUUUUGCCACUUCCUUGUUAUUCCUGUUGAGCACAUUGCAACUGUCAAAGAUCUUCGGAGGAGCAAUGAACAUUCUCUCUUAGUGAAUCACAUGCUGAAUGUGGGCCAAAACUUGUUACAAAAAGAUGCACCCGAGGCCCCAGAAUAUAGGUUUGGCUUCCAUCAACCUCCUAUGAACAGUGUUGAUCACCUCCAUCUCCAUUGCUUAGCACUUCCAUAUAUUCCAAGGUGGAGAAAAAUUAAGUAUGUGUCCUUAGGACCCCUGGGGUUCAUAGAAGCAAGGAAGUUGCUGGACAAAUUGAAGCCAUUAAACAUGGGCUAAUGAACCCUCUAUAACAGCACCUGUACUUCAUGAAUCAUAAAUUUUGUGCAGUUAAUUGGCUUGCUCUCAUUUUGAAAGAGAACAUGGGGGUGCUACAAUUUGAUUUUGUUCAAAUACUUUGUUAUCUACCAUAACAUAACUUAUAUUCAGGCAAAUAACUUGGAACAAGUUGCCAUUGCUUUCCAAUGGACUAUAUAACAUAUUCAGGAUUUUUUUUUCGAUCCGACUCAGGGGGUUUAAACACUAGACAUUUCAAUUGAAAACCAUUAAAUUUAGUUUUA